CAAUUCGAAUAACAUUGACAGUUCAAACUUGAGUUUAGGACAUUCGGGAAAAAUAUUUCAGACCGUGAAAAUGGCAUCCUACAUACAGCGAGCUGCAAAUUUAUAUGUUAAGAAAAAUGUUCGCCUUGCUUCCCAUGCUGCAACCGCUGGCGGACAUGGAGGUGGCUGGAAAUUGUGGAAGAAGCUGUCUUUCUUCGUCGGAUUCCCAGCUGUUGGCUUGGGAAUGCUGAAUGCCUAUCUAGGUCACCAGGAGUCGAGCCAUGAACGUCCCCCGUUCGUUGCCUAUGAAUAUAUGCGUGUUCGUUCCAAGCGGUUCCCAUGGGGUGAUGGUGUGAAGUCUCUCUUCCACAAUCCCCAUGUCAAUGCCUUGCCCAGUGGCUACGAAGAUCAUUAACUUGCUUGUUAAAUUUCUUGAAGUAUUUAGUUUAAAAAAUGUGAUAAGUACCUAAUACAAUAAAAAAUUGAAAUUUCAAA